AAAGUGACUUCCUGCCAAAUAGUAGUCCCUUCUGCCCUAACAACACACGGCGCCCCACCGAGGGAAUUUCAGCCCAAGGAAACAAAGUUUCCACAAAAGUAGCACUUGGUGACAUGGGUCUUGGCCAAAGAAACAGCAGCGGCAACUGCAGAGACUGAGAGAGCGGGUUUACUUGGGCUUACGGUGAAGAAGUCCUCUCUCACAGCCAUGGACGAAUCACAAGAGGUGCCUGAGCUACCCACGAAGAAAGCUCGGCAUGAUCCAGAAGUUAGUCAAGAGAGUGAUUCAAGGCCGAUGGUUGCUAAGGACAACAGUGACGCUCCUGACCAAGGCGAAUCAACUGCUCAGUCGGAGAGCAGUUCAUAUUCACCAUCAUCUGUCGCUCAUUUACACACAACAGCGACAUGCAAAGACACAACCACAGCCACUGAAUAUACCUCACAAAUCUACGAAGGAAACAACACCGCUGUCACUGCAUAUGCCAGUCAAGUGGCUUUCCCCUCCCUGGGCCAGUCGACCGUGUACAGCAGCUUUCCUCAGUCCGGCCAGACGUACGGACUGCCACCAUUUGGUGCUAUGUGGCCGGCAGAGUCCGAAGCGCCCUCUGUUGGCCAUACAGGGUUUCUCAGCUUCAGCUCAGCCUAUACUUCCACCCAAGCCAACCAGAUCCACUACUCCUACCCCAGCCAAGGUUCUUGUUUCACUACAUCCAGUGUGUACACUAACAUCCCCUCAGCAACUGCAGUGACUACAGCCACUACUGCACAUCAGGAGUUUUCAAGUUACAACUCUCUUAGCCAGAGCCAGUUCUCCCAGUACUAUGUUCCCCCUCCCAGUUACCUGCCCGCUGGGUUACCCAGUAGUGAUAGAGAUGGAGCAGGUGUGGUGGCACCUGGAUAUCCAGCCAUUAAAACAGAAGGCAGUGCCUCAGCAGACCUGCCCAACACAACAGAUGCUUCUCCAGGAGUGACACUCCCCACAGAUGUGGCUCUGCCCGCUGGGAUGGCCCUCCCAACAGGAGCACAAGACCAGGAUGAGCCCAACCGCAAAAACCCUCCUGGCAAAUCUAAAGGCAAAGCCAAAAAAUCAGAAGGCUCACCAUCUAUAGACAACGAUCUUGAGCGUGUCUUCUUGUGGGAUCUGGAUGAAACCAUCAUUAUUUUCCACUCACUUCUUACUGGCUCGUUUGCACAGAAGUUUGGCAAGGACCCAUCGACGGUUCUUAAUCUGGGUCUGCAGAUGGAGGAGCUGAUCUUUGAGCUGGCAGACACUCAUCUCUUCUUCAAUGAUCUGGAGGAAUGUGAUCAAGUCCAUGUUGAUGAUGUUGCCUCGGAUGACAAUGGGCAGGAUUUGAGUAACUACAACUUCUCUAGCGAUGGCUUCAGUGGGCCCAGUGUGGGCGGGGGUCCGGGAUCCACCGCAGCUGUACAGGGAGGCGUGGAGUGGAUGCGCAAACUGGCCUUCAGGUAUCGGCGUCUCAAAGAGAUCUACAACGGAUUCAAAGGGAAUGUGGGAGGUCUGUUGAGUCCAAUGAAGAGAGACCUGCUGCUCAGACUGCGCUCAGAGAUUGAGACUGUCACUGAUGCCUGGCUUGGCACGGCCCUCAAAUCUCUCCUGCUCAUUCAGUCCAGGGGCAGAUGUAUGAAUGUUCUGGUCACCACCACUCAACUGGUUCCUGCUUUAGCUAAAGUUCUUCUUUAUGGCCUGGGUGAUGUCUUUCCUAUCGAGAACAUCUACAGCGCAACUAAGAUAGGAAAAGAGAGCUGCUUUGAGCGUAUUGUCUCUCGCUUUGGGAAGAAAGUGACCUAUGUUGUUAUUGGAGAUGGCCGUGAUGAAGAAUUUGCUGCAAAACAGCACAACAUGCCGUUUUGGCGAAUCUCUGCUCAUGGGGACCUGAUUUCCCUUCACCAAGCUCUGGAACUGGACUUCUUAUAGUUGAAGCAGGAGAAAAGACUUGGAGUUGGUCAACAACCCUGCUGAGAAUACUUCAGCUGCACCAUUACUCUUAUCCACAGCAGCUGAGGUGGACUCGGGAACAUUUGUGGUCCUUGACGGAACUCUAGAAAAUUAUUGUGACUCUGAUCUCGCAAGCCCUCCAUCCUCUCAAUGGCAGCUAUCUCCCCCCCCCCCCCUCCCCCCGGGGUUUGCACUGGGACUCCACCUCAUUAUAAACACAACAGGGCAUGGGGAAAACACUCCCACACUGCAUCUGCAUCUGUCUCGCAAUGGAGCUUUACCAUCUUCAAAACAACUGGAUUCACCAAUUGAACAACGUCCAUGUCCAUGACCAAAGGUCCGCACUGACACACAAAACUGGCAGUGAUUCUGGACUUUUAUUCUCUAGGUUUAGUUCAUGGUCGCUUCAUGUUUGGUUUCAAGGGCUGAAAUGCAAGUUGGACUCAUUUUGAUUUGCACUCAUUCCAAAGGUAAGGAUCAGUUAAUAUGAGACAGCAGGUUACAUGCUUUGGAAGCAUUUUAUAAAAAUGGAUCGCAAAUGUGGCCUGUUUUUAAAUAGUACUUGCAGGGUUUAGGAAAUCCCAUUUCAUUUUUAGUGUUGUAAUAAAUAGAUUCUUCUAAACUACAUACAUUUUUUCCCUACAUACAUUUUUUCCCUUCUUUUUUUUUUUUGUUUUUUUUAUUGGGGAAAGUUAUAAAUUACAGACUGAAAAUGUCCAAUGAUAUAACCAUAUUUCUUUUUACUCGUUAUAUCGCUUUAGUUCUUUUGAAAAAAAAAAAUUAAAUAGUUUGCCCAGAAAUGAAAAUUCGAUCAAAAUUCCUUCACCUUCAUGUCGUUUCAAACCUGUACGACUUUCUUCCGGAGCACGAUAAAAGUAGUCUACGUGAGGAUAUUCUAAGUCUUCUGAAGUCAUACGAUAGCUUUCUGCGAGGAACAGACUGUAAUCAUGAAGUCAUUAUUCACUGUUAGUUGUCCCUUCGGCUGUAGCGCUCAAAUCUCAUUCAUUCACCCGCUUAUUAAAAUAUGUUGUGUCGCAGUCAGUUACGAGACGUGAGAACCAGUGAGAUCUGACUUUGCACGACGUGUCUUCACAUGUCAUAUUUGAAUGUGCAUAUGGGCAAAUGAGAUUUAAGAGCUACAGCGGAGAGGAACUUUCUAUGAAAAAUGACCACGGGUGCUUUUUUUUGUCCUUUUUGGAGCUCAAAAUGAGCAUGACCAUUCUUCCAAAUAUCUCUUUUUGUGUUAUUUCACAGAAUAAAAAAAAAUAAAAAUGUCGUAACAGGUUCAAAAUGACUUGAGUGUGAGUAGAUUUUGGCUGAGUUAUUCCUUUUAAAAUUACUUUAAAUGUUUAAAGCAUUUGGGUAUCUGUGGAUGUGAUUUGUGGCUGUGUAACAAGCCUCAGCCCAUGAGAAUUCCAUCUAUUUUAUCUCUAAUGCUAAUAUGAGCCAUAUGAACUAACCACAUUCAUUUACCCCUUUUACCCCUGAGUUAAAUGAUAAACGACUGAGAAGGAUUUUGAGGCUUUCUCUAAAAUUAGCUGUGAAAUUGAAGCUACGGGCCCUAGCCUGUGAUAUUUUCUUUACUUUGUACAUAUUUGGGAGAAAACCGUUUGAUAGUGUGCAAUAUAUUUCUGGUCAGUGAUGAGUCUUUUUGAUUUUGGAUAUAUUUGCGAGCAUUGUGGGUAAUAUUCCUGGCCGCUGUGAGAUUUUGACUGAACAAUACUGAGCCUGAAGAAAUGGCAUUUUUACGCAAGCAGCUUUGACAAAUAAGAACAUGUACUCUGUUUUCGUCAGUGUGUGUGCAUUUCUUUUCCUGUACAUAUUUAUAUUGUGCCUUUUUAACUAUUAAUCACCAUUCAGUAAAUGUAUUAUCUUAAAGGGAAUUACUAAAAUAAGAUGAACAUAUGUUUGUAUUUUUGUUUUUUGUUUGUUUUCUGGUGAAGUGUUAACUUUGAGUCAUAGCCUGUGCCGUUAUUUGUACUUUUCUUCUAGUUUGGUGCUUUUCAUGUAUGCUGACUUCUGAGGCUAUCUUGUCUUUUCAUAAAUGACUAUUAUGACCUCACAGACUCUUUCAUUUCCUGCCAAUCAAAUGCUGUUAUUCUUUCACUUGAAUCAUGAAAAUGGCUCAACUCUUCUGGUGCUUUUUUUUCUAUGUCCUACUUUAUCAUUUGUUUCCUGCAUUUUUCAGGAACAAUGAACUGGUCCCUGUAUACUGUCUAACUACAGUUAGUUACCACAUCAUCAUGAGACAUUGGGAUUUAUUACUAAUGCAUAGACAAUCAGGGGAUCUAUCAGCUCUUGUAGCCAGCGAACGUGUUUGGUGAAGCUUUUAAAACAGUAGGAGCAUAUUCAAACUGAAACUGGUUGAUUUCUACAAAUGCUUGUACCUAAUAAUGUUUGUUUUUGGUUUUGCGUAACUUCAUUAAAUAUACUUUGAGGCUGGCUCAACUGAUUAA